AUGUCCUUGAUCGUCAUGUCCUCGACCCCAGUGAAUCACACCUUACCGCGUAUGCCGUUCCAAACGUCGCGCCGUACGGUCCGAACUGAUGAGAGUCCAGGGGUCGCACUGUACUGCUACCUCGACUAUCUUAUCCCUCUUCGAAGCAAGGCUGGCAACCGUGCGAUCAACAUCGAAGAAGGCCCUCAACCUGUCGCGUUUAUGUACUUCUACGAUCGCGUGCGCGAUGGACCUAGUGUUCGUCGAGGCGAGCGCAUACACGUCAUACUUGUCGGCAACGCCAUUGGCGUCACCUCUCAAUGGGCAGUGCUCGAGGCUGCUACGUCGGGCUGUCUCGACGCUUACUGGGUUACGGUCAAGUCUUUGCUACGAGCAUAUUCAGUUUGGCGCUACUGGUUGCGCACGAUCGCCGACUACGGCCACGCACACCCAGAGCUAGACCAGCGACACGUCGUGGAGCUUUGUCGGCAAAACCUUCCCAGUCCAAAAGCAUUGAAUGAGCUGGUGGCAACUGAGUUUCAUCCAGAUGCUCCUCCGAUGUUUGCGCCUGCACAGGAGGAAUUGUGUAUUGAGAUUGGAAUCUCCGAAGACGAGUCAACUGGCAAGGACGUUCAGAUGGAUGAGGCUGUCUCUGAAGAUGAGUCAACUGGCGAGGACGUUCAGAUGGAUGCUGUCUCUAUGAAGCCUACGGACCAGGGUGAUCACGAGGAUGCUGUCUCUGAAGAUCAGCCUACGGACCGGGAAGAUCACGAGCUUGAGGAAGUCGAGGGUUUGCUUGUGUACGAUGACGCCGAAGCGUAA